UUAUCUUAUUCCUAGACUGCAGUGCAAUGUCUUCUUUAAAUUGGGCAAUUUCGUCAAACUUUCAAUUAUGACCAAAACAGAGAGUAAAGUCAGCUCUCCACCAUAACGAGAUCACUGUAGAAAAGAAGAGAAGAUUAUGGAAGAAAAAUCACUUGAUAUUGUCUUGGUUCCACUGGGUGUGCUACUGAUGGUUAUAUAUCAUACUUGGCUUUUCUUCACUAUCCUUCACCAGCCUAAACGUACCGUUGUGGGCCUUAACGCUCUUAGCAGGAAAAGAUGGGUUUCCUCCAUGAUGUCUGAUCCAAACAAGAACGGCGUAUUAGCUGUUCAAACAAUAAGAAACAGCAUAAUGGCAUCGACGUUACUAGCAACAACAGCAAUCACAAUGAGCUCAAUCAUUGGGGUGUUUGUGAGCAGCACAACAGAUACUAAAACAUCAGCCUUGAUUUACGGCAACACAAGCCGUCUAGCUUUCUCCAUCAAAUACUUCGCAAUCUUGGUCUGCUUCCUUUUUGCUUUUCUCUGCAAUGUGCAGUCAAUCAGGUAUUAUGUUCAUGUUAGUUUUAUGGUUUCGUUACCAGCAACAAGGGACGAAUCGAUUGAUUAUAUUACAAGAAGUUUAAACAGGGCAAGUUACUUUUGGUCAAUUGGAUUGAGAGCAUUUUACAUAUCAUUUCCUCUAUUCCUUUGGAUAUUUGGACCAAUACCCAUGUUUGCUUGUUGCUGUAUCUUGUUAAGUGUGUUGUAUUUUUUAGAUACAACUAGUAGUAUCACUAGAGAACUACAUAGCCACCACAUGAAACAUGAUGAUGAUCUUAAGAUGAAAGACAGUGUUGAGUUAUCACAGCUAACUCUUGUGUAAGCAUUCAUCCAACUAUUGAUUAUUGUAACAAAUUAAAUCAUAUGUAUUCUUUUCCGAAUUCUGAAUAAAAUUUAUAAAAUGAGGUUCUAUAUUGUCAUA